UAGAGCUCUCUUACAUCCUAUAAGAGAUGCUUGAUUUCUCAAUUCACAGCAGCCUCAUUUGUGGAAUAAAACAAUAAAGCUUACAAUAAAACAUUCAACACUAAGUUUUUCUCCCUUACUCUCACCUCCAAAACUCGCCCAAAUCGUUCUAUCUUACACCUCUUAGACGAUCAUGGGCGGCUGUGCUAGCAAACCCAGGGACUUGGACACAACCGAGCCUAAGCCUGUUGAGGCUCCUUCCGUUGAAAAGCUCGAGGCCGAGCCCGUUGCACAGGAAAAUAAUGGAGGUGAAGAGACAAAGACAGAAGAGCCCUUGGUAGAUCUCUCUGAAACCACAGAAGAAGCAACAGAGACCUCAGAAUCAAAGCCAGCUGAGGAACCCACAGAGGUAGCAGAAACUAAGGCCGAGGAGAAGAUCGAAGCUGUAGUCGAGGCUGAGGCUGCACCAGCUAAGGCCGAAGCCAACGCUGAGGCUGCUCCAGCUGAGGCCGAGGCUAAGGCUGAGGCUUCUCCAGCUGAGGUUGAUGUUGCCUCUGAGACAGAGAAGACCCCCAAGCCAGUAGAAGAACCCAAGGCAGUUGAGGCUCAAACCUCAGAAGACAAAAGUGACGCACCUCUCGUUACAAUGUAAAUUUGACCAUAUUUAGAAACAUUGUACUAAAAAGUUCAGAUACUUGUGAUAUACGUGAGUAUACAAUUUUUUUUGUAAUUGGUACAGCAUGUAGCGAGUGUUUGCCUUAA